AUGCAGGUGGAAGAGGACAGUCCAGGGGAAGUGGGAGAGUUCACGUGUGCAGGACGCCGCGAUGCCCAAUAUUCAGAGUCACUGUGGAAUGAGGCCAGAGAGAUCCGGUCACGGAUCGAAGCUUGCCCAGUGCACAUGAGCAGUGUGGAGGCCUUCGCAUCUGCGCUGGCAGCAAGCCUUUGCGUUGCUAUGGACGGGUCAAUGGCUUUUUGCUUUGUGAAAGACGUUGAGACGGAACAGCUGCUGGGGGUGUAUGCGGCUCGCCCCGCCGUUUCGUGUGUUCAGCAUGCCUGGCCUGCGGCCAAGGGACGGGACGACCAUGCUCUCUCCCAACCGGGCUGCGCGUUGAGCAAGCAGCAAACAGUGAAGUCUUUCUGCCCGAAAAGGGAUUCAACUUUGCAGAGCUGUUUGAAUGCCCUUACGACAGAGGCCCUGAAGCGCCAUCCGCGCAGUGGAGGCCCACAGUGUGGGGGGAUUUCGCUGGAGGGCAUGUGCUCAGAAGAUGUGCUCUUUCUUUCUGCUUUGCUUGCUGAGGACGCCAGAGCCAGUAAUACGUCUUCGCCCCGCCCAGCACAACCACAUGCGGGGGAUGGUAAAUCUUCACGAGCACCAUUGCAAAGUCUGUCGAGCACCAAAUCCUCCCAACAGUCGUGUUCUGAGGGGACUGCCGGUGGGUAUGAUAAGCUGUCGGGUCGGUUCCAAGGCGGCAGCAGUACGGGUGGUCCGGAGACGUGGAAUUCAAGGGGUGGAGUUGUACCGGAGAUGCCGUCCUUUCCUCUUUCAGAGCUGAUUGCUGUGUCAUCUGGCAGUUUAGUGGGGUUCCUGGUGAACGACCUCAAGAAGUGCUCGGGGGCGUAUUUCUAUGAGCCAGGAACAGGGAAGCUGUCACCGUUGCCAGCGGAGGAGCUGCGUCAAGCCAGCCAGCAGGGCGGAUCCCAAGACGCACUCCUUUCUGGUACGGCUAAGGGCUUCCUCAUUGCUUGCCGCAUGGAGGACGAAGGAGCACGGAGUGCAUGCGCAGUCAUGGCGGAAGCGCGUGCAGGUUACGUGGGUCCUGGGACGAGGAGACUGUCUUCACAUCUUAGUUGUGUUCCCACCACUGCAUCGCACCAAAGUGCUCAAGCGGAUGGCACAGUUCUGGGGACUAGGGUAGCUUCUGUAGAGUCAGCAAUGAACACUGGAGAUGCUUCAAGAACUUCGCCAUUCCCCCAUACAGCUGCAAAGACAUACCGGGAUUAUCCUCGUAGAACGUCCAGCGGUUUAAAUUAUGCCUCUCCUCUGCGUUUCUCGGCGACAUUGGAACCGCCAGCAGCUGCGGUGGACGAAGACACAACCUUCCGGUGCCCAGAAAUUACAACAAGCGACCGAAUUUCAGAGGUUCCGGGAGGGACCCACUCGGCACUGCCGUCCUUGCGUAGAAGCUUGGGCACCGAUACUCCGCUGCUGGCAGCUUAUACAGACGUGGGCCUGUCUGUAGCACCCGCGAGGCAAGCCGUAGCUGACUUUCCCAAUGAGCGGCCGUACAUGGAUCAUGACGGCCACGACGACAGCUCUGCCGCUGCGUCCCCCUUGCACUCUGUUCUCUCGGACACAACGUUAGGAGUCGUGUUUUGUCUCAACGCCAAGAGGGCUGACGCGCAGGCUUUGUUGGAGGCAGUUGCACAUGCUUGCGCUCCUCCGAUGGCUCUUCUUCUCCAGCAACAAUGGCUUCGCAGAGACAGGUUCAAACGUGCUCUUCAGCUUGAGCUUCACCGCACUGUUUUUCAGGAAACUUCCAUCCCUAUCAGGAUGAUGCAGCGCCUACUGGCGUUGCUCCAUGCAGCUGUUGGAGCGGAGGCCGCAGCGUUUUUCAUUGCAGAUACUCAGAACGGGAACUUUAUUUGUCUUGGGGGCCACAAGAGAGCAACGGGCCUUCGUCUGGGCGGAGAUCACCGGCUUCUAGGUGGGGCUGCUCGCCAGCGUGGCAGGCCAGUUAUUUUCAACUUUCUCCCUCAGGGAUUCAAUGCAGAGUACGACUGUCGUGCUCGUUUCGAAAGCAAGCACGCUAUGCUCGUCCCCUUACUCAAUACGCAAGGCCAUGUGAAGGCUGUCGUGGUGCUGCUUAACCGAACGCAGUGCACAUGCGAGCGCAUGAAACAAAUAGCAGAAGCGGCAGAGAAGCAAUGUGCAUGUGAAGGUCACGUGCAUCUCCUUGAGCCUUUGGCUCUGGCAGUGGAUGCCUGGAGCGAUGCAACGGCACCUUGUGAGCAUUGCGCUAGAAGCCAUGUGGACGAGCUGUCUUAUGGGGAGUUCCUCUCAAGGCCACCUUCGUCUCUAGAUGUUGACUGUUCUCGGCACUUUAUCGGGAUUCAUGAGGCUUUGAUGCGCGCGGUCCAGUGCGAGAUGCAGCAAUGGCUAGGCGGGCAGUUAACAGAUGUCUGCAUGGCCGGCAUGAGUCUUCUUCAGCCCAUGGAGACCAUGGUUUCCUACGUCAUGGGGGGGCACCGACGAGGCAACCGGAGCACAAGGCCUUCUGGCCCAGUCAUUGAGCAAAUUGAAAACUUUGUUCUUCGUGAUAGGCGCAUGAUGUUACUAAGCCUUCGUCGUUGUGCUUCGGUGGCGGUGACCGAGCCCACAUCCUCAUCCGCUUUGUCAGAUGCUGGAGUGGAGCGGAAUUUGCGUAGCUCUUCUUCAGGUCAACGGGUCGGUAAGGCGCUGUGUACUCCCCCUCGCCGCCAUGCUUCGAGCAUCCCUGCUUCACUCGGCAGGGCAGUCUCACCCAUUGGAGAGGGGCAGGCAAGCGGGCAAAUGAUUGCUUGCUUAGAAGGAGAUAGCAAGGAUGUCUUGCCUGUGAGCCGAGGCUCGUGCGCAAGUCUUCCGGCAGCUGCAGCUGCGGAAGGCUAUGAACCGGAUGAGCACCCCUCUACAACGUACCCAGGAGGAGCGCUUCGCUUCCCUCUCUUGUCUUCUCUGCGACUCUUCAAAAAUGCAUCAGGCCUUUUGAUGCUAUCCGCAAACAGGUAUUGGCUGGCUCUCUCAUUGGAGCCCUAUCGACGGCUGGAUCUGGACAUAUGGCGGCGCACAGCGGACGAACUACAAUUGUUCUUCUUUUUGGCUUUGGAGGAGCUAGGGGUGAUGGUAAAGAGUGAAAAAGCUGGACUGCAAGCAUUUUUCGCCCUCAUACGCGAUGCAUACCACACCGACAACCCUUACCACAACUUCUACCAUGCAGUGCACGUAGCUCAGAUGUGCUGGCUUUUCCUGACGCGAUACUCUUGCAGAGAUGACUUGACGCUCACUGAGCAGCUGGGAUUAAUGCUGGCCGCCUUGGCUCAUGACGUUGACCACCCAGGAGUGAACAAUAACAGCCUUAUCGAGGAGCAUCACCCUCUUGCGAUUAUCUACAACGACAAAGCGGUUCUAGAAAAUCACCAUGCGGCUUUCGCUACCAGCGCCAUGAUGAAGCUUGGGCUGUUUUCACGCAAGACAAAAAACGUGCGGAAGUCGCCUUGCCUCCCCUCAUCUGCUUUGUCAAGUGGUGCGCCAAGUGAUGCUUCAUUAGUGGGUGAUGCGCAGACCUUUCUGACCUCCUCAGUUUUUGGAGCUGUGAGUCAGCAGAGUGAAGGCGAGCACGACUGGGCAGAUGAUGAGGAUGACCACACAUUUUAUCCCUCUUUCGCGGAAGUUCGCAGAGUCCUCAUAUCCUGCAUUUUGGCCACUGACAUGGAACUCUUCAGACAUCAUCAUGAGGCAAUGCGGAAGAGAGGUCAAAUGAAAAGAACUACAGGAGACCUCUUGAACAGUGAUGAAGAUCACGCAUUACUGGUCACGUGUCUGAUCCACUGCGCAGACAUUAGUAACCCUUUGCUGCCUGAGCGCCGGAAUGUGCAGUGGGCUUCACUCAUUAUUCAGGAGUUUAAUGCUCAGGUGGAGAUGGAGAGACACAAAGGCCUUCCGGUGACAGUUUUUAUGGACGCCCGCACGGAGCUGCUAAGAACGCAGUCUCAAAUAGGCUUCUUGUCCUUUGUUGUUCUCGACCAGUUCCGAGCUCUCGCAGACUUGGUUCCUGGCGCGGAAGAGUUAGUUGCGCAGGGAGAAAAAAACUUAGAAGACUGGCAGGCGGCAAUGGAUAUUCUGCGGGAGGCUGAGCGCAGGGACGCUUUGGGAGAAAGCAUAGCAUCUCUUGAACUCCCACGGAAUUUCACGUUCCGUCUAAGAAAUUUGAAGUUCAUAGGCAUGAAUGGGCCCAAAUGCUUUGGUCGCCUGCGGAGCGAUAAACCAGACGACUGGAGGCCACAAAGCUUGGAUACAUGA